CCGAGCGGUACGACUCAGCUUCGGCGUUCGAACGUGAGGCUAUUUAAAACUGUGCGCAAGCCCCCUGGCGCCGAGUCGACAACUAAUGAUCAGUCCUGCCUUGUCUACUAACCUGUGCGUAGCGACUACGUGAAUUACUGUGUUUACACAAAAACGUUUCCCCGCAAGUGUUUGUUUAGUUUCGACAGUUUUCACACUAUACACAAAUUGAAAUGGCUGACAGUGGUCUGAAGAGGAAUAUUCCCAUCAAACUCGGAGAUUUCUCAGUCAUCGACACAGAGUUCUCGAGUAUCAGGGAGAGAUUUGAUGCUGAAAUGAGAAAAAUGGAAGAGGAAAUGAGCAAAUUCCGAUCAGAACUCAUGAACAGAGAAAGCAACAACUUCUUCAAGAGCUCAACGAGCACCACCACAUCCACACAACACAGCGACAGCAGACAGCUCGCUGAGCCCAGCCAUUGGGACAGUCUGAACUCCCCCCUAAUCCAAGACGAAGGUGAUGGCAAAUCCCUAAAGCUUCGGUUUGAUGUUAGUCAGUACACUCCUGAAGAAAUCGUCGUGAAGACAGUCGACAACAAAUUAUUGGUCCACGCCAAACACGAAGAAAAGUCCGAGACAAAGUCAGUGUACAGGGAAUACAACAGAGAAUUCCUUCUGCCGAAAGGUACAAAUCCAGAGGCAAUUAAGUCUUCGCUAUCCCGAGAUGGUGUCCUGACUGUGGAAGCUCCGCUGCCGCAACUCGCUAUCACCGACAGGAACAUCCCAAUCCAGAAGCACUGAGGCGACCUUCUCGCGGUCUUCGACAGCAGCUAUUCCAUACUACUGUUAAUUAAUAAUUUAUUAUAAUUUACAAUUACUAUAAGUACUCUUGGAGAUCUAAAUAUUUAUUUCGAAUCUUAAUUGUAAUGAAUCUCAACGUAAUUAACACGUGCGAUUUUAACCGGUUUGAUUUUUUUAGAUUAUUCCAAGAUCAACCCCUGCAAGGUUGCGGAGCAAGCCGCAAUGGUUGAAUUAAAUGUUGCUUUAGAGUCAAAAUGCUUUCACUGUGAUCGUUAGAUUUCGCGAUUUGUAAGACACUUUUGAUAUUCAAGCGUCAAGCUGAUAGUACACUGCACAGAGUUUUAGUGUAUUCACGCAAUGUAUCUUUAAUUUUUUAAGAAGAUAAUUGGCCUGUGACCGCUUGAAUGGAGCUUAUCGAACGUGUUCAAUGAUAAUAGUGCAAUUGGUACAUUGUGUACUUAUUAUAAAAUAUUAUAGGCUUAUUCAAACAGUUAAGUGUCUUAAUGAUAACUUAAAAAAGUCCAUUUUAUCCUAACCCUAUCUUAUAGGUCAAAAUAACAAUAGCAUUAUAUUCAGUACAUGGUGUUAACAGCUUUUAACUGAUACACGUUUAUAUUUUAGUACAAACAAUUGUUACGAAAGUUUUAGAUGUCAAUAAAAUACAACAAAAACGUA